UUGUUUUAAUAAAUUAAAAGCAAACAACCACUAUUUAAGUUGGAAGUUACCAGAGAACAAAGAAUAUUGUUUAAGAGAAAGAAAACGAUUGAUUUGAAAAGCUUAAAUGUUUGGUGUGUGAUUUAAAAUAUGACUAUACAAAUGGAUCAAAAAAGUAAUUACGCUAACGAAAAGAAUAUUCCAAUACAAAUGAAACAACAAUCUCUUGCUGAAAAUGUUCCAAAAUUUGUUUCCUUGAAAUUAGAUAAAGUAGAACCGAUUCCUCCAAAAAUGUUGAGAAUUCCAGCACAAAAUUUAGAGAAUAAAAAAAUCAACUUGUUGAGUAAUCCAAUUCAUAUUCCUAAACUUGUUGACUUAAGAGUUGUUUUAAAAAAACCUGCUGAUGAUAAAAUUAAUCAUAUUCCAAAGUUAUUAACUCUUCCAAACAUUGAUGGAAAAAUCAAGUUUGUUGAGAUUCAACCAAGUAAACAUGUUAUUAACUUUGAUCACAUGCUCAAGCAAAAAGAGUUAGUAAAAGUACAGGAUGUUCCUAUAUACAAAGCUAUCAAUCUUCGUCCAUCAAUAAAUAAUACAAUGAUGGCAACAAAUAAGCCUCUAAAGCUUCUAAAUUAUCCAGAGGUUCAAGUUAAAAAUAAAGGGCUAAAAGAUAACAAGUUCAGCAAUCAAAGCAAGUUCAAUAAUCAAGAUGAUAAUCAAAGCGAGUUCAAUAAUCAAGACUUGAGUUUAUGUGCUGAUGAGGUUUUGAAAACAAAACCUAAAAAACAAAAUGACAAAGAAACCUCUGAAAAUGAAACUUCUGACAAUGGCAAUGAAGACAAACUUUAUAAGGCACUAAGUAAUCUUAUUCUUAGAAGGAAAAAAAAGAAAAAGAUAAGAAAGCAUAAUGUUCGACUCAUUGAUAUAAUAGAUAACAUUCCUUUAAGCAGUGAAAGUGAAGAGGAAGAUACCUUUCCAAAUAAACUUCACUCUUGCAACUGUCUUGUGAAAGCAAGCGAAACUGCUCAUAAUAUAAAUAUAUCUGAAAAAAAUUCUCACAAUACUUUACAAAAAGACAAUCCCUUAACAGAAAUUCAAAAUAACCAUUUUUCAAAAAUUUUAGAUCCUUCAGAUGAUCCAUUUAGUUGGUUAAAUAUAAUUAGAGCUGCACGUCUAGACACUAAACAUACACAAACAGAAAAAGUUUCAUCCAACAUGUCAUUUUUCACAAAAGAAUGCCAAACUGAACUUAAAGAGAUGAUAGAAAUUCCAAGAACUGUAACAUUUUUAGAACAAAGUAAUUCAUUUCAAAAUGUAAUUACUGAUGUAACUGUAAUAUCAAAAGAAGUUACAGAAAUGAAUGCGGAAAAAGUAGAUUUAAUAAAAAUGGAAACCCAUGUUGAAAAAAAUGAAGAUGCACAAGUUGAUGCUUCAAAAGUUGUAGCAAAGGAUUUUCCAUUGUCAGAAAAUGAUUCUUCCUCAUUACACAGUAAUCAAAAUGUUUUUACUGAAAAAGUUGUUACUGAAAAAGUUGAUUUCACUCAGUUGUAUAAUCCUAUUCUCAAUUCUCAAGUAGAUGAAAAAGACUGUGAAAAAUGCCAAAGUAUGCAAUCAUUACCAUCAAAAUCAAGUGACACACACAAAUUUAGAGCAAGAAAGAACUCAAUGGAAAUAUUAUCCAAAACAGAUGAAAGUACAUGGUUAAAAGAGAAUCUUAGUGGUUUCUCGUUAAAUUUGAAAGCGUUGGAAGAUUUACAUCACAAUCUUGAAUCAGAACUUUACAAAACUAAACUUUAUUCAACAGAUACUUCACAACCAAAGCAUCAGCAUGUUAAAACACAUCAACAUCAAGUGCAUGAUAUCGAUAUUCCUCAUGAUCAAUGUUCUAGUGAUUUACAAGACGAUGAUUUUAAUGUCAUCUGUAAAAUUAAAGAUCAGAAUAAUGAUGUUAAAAAGUCAUUAAAAACAUCUGGGCUGAUUCACUCUUCUGAUUCAAUUACUUUUUCUAAAAAGUCACAGUUUAUGUUUGGUGAUUUCAAAAAGUUUAAAAAUAAAAAUUUUCACAUAUCUGAUAAUCAGUUUUCAACAAGUUAUGAAGAUGAAAACAUAAAAAAUUAUGAAAGUGAACAUGAUAAUGUGAAGGAAAACAAUGAUUUGGAAAAUGAAAGGAUAAAACAAGAUGAGUUGUUCAAAGAAAAGAUAAGGAAAAAAAUUAGAAAAAAGUUUUUAAGUAAUUGUACAAGUCCUUCUGAAGAAAGGUCUGAAGAGCGUACAAAGUUAUUAGCUUGGAUGAAAACAAGACAAGAUGAAAAACUGGCAGACUACAUGAUACAACUGGAGAAGCAACAUUCCACUGAACACAAGCCUUAUGUUAAAAAUGCGUCUCCAAAUGAAGCUUUUAAAAAUACUUACAUGGUUGCAGAGAAAACGCGUAACAUAUUUGAAGAUAAUAAUGCUGAAAGAAUGUUAGCAGGUGAAAAACUAGCACAAGCUGUUUUAUCGUCGAAGUUAAGUACAAAAACAAAUGAUACAACAGCCAAACAAAAAUUAAACAAUAAUCGUAAGAGCAUGAAGAUUCCAGUAAGAGAUACGCAUUCCAGUAGACUUCGAAAGAACGCUUUAUUGAUAGAUGUAAUAAAUCUAAAAAAAUUAAAAAACGAAAAGUUUGUUAAAAAACCUUUACAGGUAAAAAAGGCGAAUCUCUUAGAAGAAAAGACUCAAAAGUUGUCUGGCAGUUCCCCUAGGCCUGCUGAUCCCCAGGUGUUCAUUACCAAAAAGUCCUAUGAACUGUAUAAAGCAAAAUCUGCAAAACGGCAUUUAGAACGAAGUGUUAAUGGUUUAUACAAUAAUGAAAAUACGAACGAUUCUCUAUUAGAUGCUUUUAAAUAUGUUUCGCCACGUCAAACUGAUCAAAUGCCUACUUUUCAUAAAAAAUCUAUCGAGAAAACAACAUUUAAAUAUCCGGUUGAUGCAUCUAGCGAAACAAUACAAUUACUGGCUGAGGCUGAAAUGGCAUUGCUAGAUGAAAGAGAACCAGCACAAAGUGAAUUAUCAGUUAAACUUCAAGAAAGUAUUGAUUGGAAUGAAAUAGAAAAAAUAUUGAACACACCAUAAUUUUCAUAAGAAAUAAAAGUAGUUUUGCAGACAAAGUCGCAAAAAAAAAAUUUCUGUUUGAGUGCUCUAUUGUUAAUUUUAAA